AUGGUUGUGGAGACUGCGUACUACGACGCCCUAGGCGUACCGCCAACAGCCUCUGAACUCGAGAUCAAGAAGGCUUACCGCAAGCUCGCUAUCAAGCUGCAUCCAGAUAAAAAUCCUGGUGACGAGACGGCGCAUGCAAAGUUUCAGGAGAUUGGAGAAGCAUACCAAAUACUCAGCGAUGAGCAGCUACGAGCAGCAUAUGACAAGUAUGGAAAAGAGGGCGCUAUGCCCAGCAGUGGGUUCGAGGACCCCUCGGAGUUUUUCACCAUGAUUUUUGGUGGAGAAGCGUUCGUGGACUGGAUUGGUGAGAUCUCGUUGAUGAAGGACCUGAACAAGACAAUGGAGAUAUCUAUGCGCGAAAUGGAGGAAGAACAGGCUGCUCAAGCCGGGGAACCACCUAAAUCUCCAACCACGGCUACGGCAGGCCCAUCGACUGCCACCGCUGGCACUUCUUCCCCGCCCGUCGCGCCCUCGUCCCCAGGCGUUGCUGCCAAUGCGAAGGAGGCCGAAGCUGCGGCAGAGCGCACAGGCGCCCAUGCCGCUGAUGCGCCACCUGUUUACACUGCGCCACCACCAGUUUAUGCUGAGACUGCGACCGAUCCCCCUGUCGCUGCUGGUGCUGCAUCGCCGCCGUCUGGCGCUAGCACGCCCAAGCCCCGUGGCAUUCCAAUGCGACCGGCGAUCAUGGAUAGGUCCGAGGAAGAGGCACGCAUGGAGGCAGCAGGCAUGACAGAUGCGGAGAAAGAGCUUCGGGCAAAGGAGAAGAAGAAGGCUGGUCUAACCAAGGAGCAGCGAGAAGAGCUUGCAGCCUACGAGCUGGAACAAAUUGGUCGAGCGCAUCUCCCUGUGGACGGAGACGGACAAGGCAUCCGAUGUCACCGCUGCUUUUAA